CAAAUGUAAUUGAUAUUUUAUUUACUGAUAUAUAAAUCAUAAUACGUCAUAAGAAACAAUAUAUAUAAAUGUAUCCAUUCACUUCGAAGCAAAAUAUAUAAAAUGCAAGAAAAUCGAAGUAAAAGAGAUAUUCUUUAAUAAAUCUUAAAAAAAAAAAAAAAUAACGUUUACACCUAAAAAAUCAAUGAGUGUAAAACACUUUAUUAAAUAAUCGAAGGAAGAACAGAGAAGAAAAAGCAAAGAAAGAAAGGAAAAAACGGGCGUUUAAAAAUGUAUAAUAAUCGUUCAGUGUUGUUAAAUCUGUCGAAAUCAAAAUCGAUAGACAUCCAGUUUGUCGAUGUGGUAUACGAAGUUCAAGAUGGAUUUAGCGGUUUAAAAAAGCAAAUUCUCAAAGGUAUCAAUGGUUUAUUCAAAUCUGGUAACAUGACAGCUAUCAUGGGUCCAUCAGGAGCUGGCAAGUCGACAUUGUUGAAUAUAUUGACAGGAUUUAAACGAGAUAAGAGCCUGAAAGGCAAUAUAAAUUACUUCAAUAAUAAAGGAAAUAAGGAGUCCUGGAACGAAUAUAAAAAACAUUCCUGUUACAUAUUACAGGAAGAUCAGCUUCCUAAUUUUUUUACAGUGAACGAAGCGAUGAUGAUAUCGGCCAAUUUAAAGUUGGGUAAUAGUCUGAAUAAAAAAGCUAAACAAAUUUUGAUCGACGAUAUUUUAGAUACCUUGGAUUUAAUACAGACCAAAAACACACGUACGAAUAAAUUAAGCGGCGGACAAAAAAAGAGAUUAAGCAUUGCGUUGGAACUUAUCGAUAAUCCUCCUGUGAUGUUUUUAGAUGAGCCUACAACCGGUUUGGAUUCCUCUUCCUGUCUUCAAUGCAUAACAAUGCUUCAGAAGCUAGCGAGAGGCGGUAGAACGAUAAUUUGCACAAUCCAUCAGCCUAGCGCUGCUAUUUACAAAAUGUUCGAUCAUGUUUAUUUGUUAGCUGAUGGACUUUGCAUGUACGAGGGAGCGGCUAAAAACACAAUCAAUUAUUUUGCCGAUUUAGGUCUAUACUGUCCAAAAUAUCAUAAUCCAGCAGAUUAUAUGUUGGAGAUCGUUAGCAAAGAAUACGGAAAUUUCAACGAUCAGCUCGUAGCAGCGAUCGAGAGUAACAAAAUAGCCUGGCAAUCAAAGACAUCGACAAAUCAAUCGAUAAUCGAUAACAAUGGCGUUAAAAAUUACAAUGAAGAUAAGAAAAUAACCGUUCUGAUAAACACACCCUCCGAAUUUACGAGAUUUUGGAUUUUACUCAAUCGCUGCUUCAUACAAUUCUACAGAGAUUGGACAUUAAGUUACCUCAAGAUGUUAAUUCACUUUUCCGUAGGUCUCUUUUUCGGUUUAUUUUUUGAAAAUUCCGGUAACGAUAGUAACAAAACCAUCAGCAAUAUUAGUUACAUUAUGAUCAGUUUAAUUUAUCUUUGUUACACCAGUAUGAUGCCGGCCGUAUUGAAAUUCCCAUUGGAGAUGGCGAUACUGAAAAAAGAAAGAUUUAAUAAUUGGUAUCAACUAAGAACUUACUAUAUCGCUUUGCUAAUAGCUAAUAUACCUCUUCAAAUAUUAUUGUCUUUUAUUUAUUGUUCCAUUUCAUAUUUUCUCAGUAGUCAACCGCUCGAUUGGAAUAGAUUCUUCAUGCUCUUUGGGAUCUUUACCCUAACAAUGCACAUCGCUGAUAGCUUCGGACUUAUUAUUGGUACUAUGUUCAAUCCCGUGAACGGUACCUUUAUAAGUGUCAUUAUUUUUUCAAUGUCCAUAAUGUUCGCGGGUUUCUUCAUUUUUUUCAAUCACAUGCCACAAUAUCUCUAUUACUUUAGCUACUUGAAUUACAUGAGAUACGCUCUAGAGGGUUCGAUACAAUCGUUAUACGGAUUCAAUCGUGAGAAUCUUAAUUGUCCCGAUUUUACAUAUUGUCAUUUUCGUAUACCUCAAACGAUACUUAUAGAACUGGGAAUGACCAAUACUAAAUAUUGGUUCGACGUUAUCAUUCUAAUUAUCAAUUUUAUUUUUUAUCGUAUCAUCGCUUAUUACAUGUUGAAACGAAAUUUAUUGAUAAUUUAAAACAAAUAAUUUGUCAGUCUAAACAAUAAAAUGUCUUUUCUUUCUUCUUUUUUUUCAAAAUUAUAUUUUACACAUUUUGAAUAUUAUGAUAUGAUAUUAUUUGCACAUUUUGGAUUAUCUCAAUGUGCAACCGAAUUGACUCUCACAUAUCGUUCAAGACGAUUUACUAAAAUAAAACAUCCAUUUGUGAAAUCAUUAUAACAUUAAAUCUACGAUAGUUAUCAAUGAAACUAAGUACGGUGUAAAAUGUUAUAACAACACUUUGUAUGAUUAAUUGUUAAUAAUAAAAUUGACAUUAUGUCGAUAAAUUA